UGUCAGAGACUCUUCAUGAUUCUUUGGUUGAAAGGGGCCAACUUUACCCUCACCACUGUGGACAUGAAGAGGGCCCCUGAUGUGCUGAAGGCUCUGGCUCCAGGCUCCCAGCCUCCGUUUCUCCUCUACAACGAUGAGGUCAGAACAGACACUAACAAGAUUGAGGAGUUCCUGGAGGAAAAAUUAGCCCCACCACAGUAUCCAAAGUUGUGCUGUCGAUACAAGUCCAACGGUGCAGGAGAGGACAUCUUCCGAAAUUUCUCAGGAUAUAUAAAAAAUCCUAUUCCUGGAUUAAAUGACAGGCUAGAGAAAAAAUUUCUGUCAACUCUGGUUAAGCUGAACAUGUACCUAGAGACUCCUGUCCCCCAUGAGCUGGACCAGAACCCAAAUGCAACUGAGUCUUCACGCCUCUACCUGGAUGGUGACACCCUCACCUUGGCAGACUGCAACUUGCUUCCCAAACUCAAUAUUGUCAAGGUUGUGUGCAACCAGUACCGCGACUUUGUCAUCCCUAAAGAGCUGAAAGGUCUGAAACGUUACCUGGAUAACGCCUACAAACAAGAUGAGUUUCGUUACACCUGCCCAAAUGACUCAGAGAUCCUCAAUGCCUACCAGUCUGUGGCAAAGUACCUGAACAAAUAAAAAAUCAAGAGGGCGAGAUGAAGGAGUGUACCUGAGAACAAAGAAGAAAAGAGGGAGUAAUGCGGAGAGAACAACAGAAAAAAGUAACACCAUGUCUGAACACUGUACAUGAUUUAUGUUUUAUUUGUGUUUAGUCUGGAUAAUGAAAAUUGCUUGCAGUGGCAUGUUCAACAAUUAGUUUUCUUUAAAAAGUAUUGUUGUUUUCAUCAUUUGGGUUUUAA